AUGAGAGCAUGUAUUAAGCUACGGAAGUCCCUGAACGUUACUGCUUGUUUAAAGCUUCAGCAGACACUUAUAAGGAGAACGUAUGCUGCUGCUUCUACAUCUCAGACCAUUAAUCAGCUACCUGCCUAUCCUGGAGCCGACAUAAAAUACACACCAACAUUAACAUCAAAAUCAUCAUAUCCAACAAUCGAAACAUUCCGAAUCCUAAACCCAGAAGGCGAAAUAGAACCAGGCGCAACAGAUCCAAACUUGUCACGAGAAACGUGUCUGAAGAUAUAUCAGUCGAUGGUGCUAACCGAGAUAAUGGAUUCGUUACUCUACGAAUCAAAUCGACAUGGUCGUAUCGGCUUCUACAUGUCGUCGUCUGGUGAAGAAGCCGUGGCCGUCGCAUCUGCGGCUGCUCUGAAAAAGGACGACCACAUAAUCUCGUCGGCUAGAGAGCAAGGCAGUCUAGUGUACUUGGGAUUUGAGUUGAAGCGCAUUGUGGGGCAAGCUUUUGCCAAUGAAGCUGAUUUGGGGAAGGGACGACAAAUGCCAGUGCAUUAUACAUCAAAAGACCUACAUUUUCAUCCUGUAAGUUCGCCUAUGGGGUCACAGCCACCGCAUGGAGCUGGAGUUGGCUACGCGCUGAAGAGAAGUAAGAAGGAUGCUUGCUGUAUAUGUUUCUUUGGUGAUGGUGCUGCCAGCCAAGGUGAUUUCCAUGCCGCUGUGAAUAUGGCUGCUGUGCAUGGUUCCAGGACGAUAUUUCUGUGUCGGAAUAAUGGUUUCAGCAUAUCGACAAGGACUACAGAACAAUACAUAGGAGAUGGAGUUGCUGCACGAGGUAUUGCACUUGGGGUGGAAACUAUGCGAGUGGAUGGGAACGAUCCAUUAGCUGUGUACUCGGUAGUAUCGAAAGCUAGGAAGCUGACUGUUUCUGAGAAUCGGCCUAUACUUGUUGAAGCUAUGACGUAUCGAUUGUCACACCACUCAACAUCAGACGACUCUACCGUAUACCGCCCACAAUCAGAGAUUGAUCUCUUCAAACAAUUAUCGCCCAUACUAAGAUUCAAAAAGUAUAUUGCUCGAGUUCAUGGAUGGACAGACUCUGAUGAGUCGAUACUUCAACAAACUAGUAGGAAGCGAGUUAUGGAAGCCCUCGCUGAAGAUGAUUCUUUGAUGCGGCCUGAAAUCAACGAUCUGUUUACGGAUGUAUAUGAUACUGUGCCUGCUAAUCUGAAGGAGCAGAGGCAGGAACUGAGAGAUAUGUUUGCUGUUAGUCCUGUGUUGAGGCAGGAAGCUGAGAGACAUAGAGGUGGUAGUGAUGCGUUGUAA